AUGGAGCAGCAGGAUGAUGAAGAAAAUAACCAGCAGGCCUUAGAGCUCGCCAGACACUGUCCCAAUGCCACAGGCACAACCUUACUUCCGGAGCCGAUCGCGAACGUGGUGACAUUGGUGACCCGCUCAUCAUCCAUUUACAUCCGCUUGGGCACGUUCAUUGCUGGCCUUGCUCUCGAUGGCGCAAGAAUAACCACCCUCACGAGUCUCGAACUCAGUCGAGCCUUGGUCGAAGCCAUCCUCCUCAGAUCCGGUCGAGAGGUGUCUGCAAGAAGUAUAGGAGAAGUGGGACGGGCCGAGGCGGAGAGCAUCUUAGACAAGAGCGUGGCGACUUUACAUAGAACUAUUACCGGCAUUUCGUUUGCUGCGAGUACGGGCUUUCAUCUAAGCUCGGCUGCUCUGCAUUCAGCAACAGAUCUUAGCCAGCAACUUCUGGGGGCUUUGGACAGUAUACUGGGAAGUACCGAUUCGAGUCGAGCGAUUGCUAGCAUUAUUACCUUGAUCCGCAGGGAAUUUCAAAAUCCCGCCACCGGUCGAGAGGGCGAGAAAGUAGGAGUGGCGGAUCUGUUGAGUGGAAUUACUGGAUUGGCAUUAUUGCAAAGUUGGUGUAUCAAAUCCACGAAUCUGGAAAUUAAGGCAGGGAGGCAAGAAGAUGUGGUUUGGGAUGUGGUGAUUUUGGAUAACGGUCGAAGAGCCGAUGUGGUGGGAAAUAUUGACAGAAACAGCACGGGACGGACUUCAAGGCCGGAGUCAAUGUCAUUCGUGAGCACGACGGGCGGUGAAGUCUUAGAGACAAUUGAAAGGGAUGAAAGCAGUACAGAUGAAUCGGAAGAAGACUUACCAGAAAUCCACCUUCGCCGGCGGAUCAUGAAGUCUUUACCCUCCAAUGCAUCAGUUUCGAUUACCACCUCGACCGUUGUCACGAAGACUAUUUCUGUCGAAAUAACAGGCGCAGAGCCUCCAGACCUUUCUCCUCCUCCUGGCGUGGAAGUCAUCGAGGAUGCAAGCAAUGCGACUGAUGCAGGUUUGGAAGGAAUAAUGGUCAAAAGUGGCCAGAAAGUGGCCCCAAAAUACCGGGUCGUCUAUCAAAUUAAGCGAGAUGCCCUUCGUACAACAAAUGUUAAGCCUGAUGGUCCGGUGGAAGAAAUUGACCACGGCAUAAGAGAUGGUAGAUUGCAUCUUGAAGACGUGCCCCCACGUCGAAUUCAACCCCUUGAACUCCGGUCACCUCGAACUCCAUCACCGGAAAGACGAAAAUCAGUACCAUCAAUCCUUUACCCACAGACCCCACCCUCAGGACCGACAUAUCGUCUUUGUACUGAUGCUGAGAACCAGACUCCUACCCCUACCCCUCCCAGUAGCCUGGCACCAAAAGACAUAACGGGAACAUAUCUAAACCAGAAGCGCCCAAGGAAGCCUAUGAGUUCGUCAUCUUCUAUAAGUGGUACAGAGAACCAACCUCCCAAAAAGGUGAUGACUACGAAAGCCCAGCCAGUGAGGAAAACCAAGACAGAAAAAGAAAAACCUCCGCCGAAACCGCCAGUCAGAAAGUCAUCUUUCCGCAGUGCCAUCAAAAAGGGGCCAUCGUCCACUAUUUCACAUUUGCUGAAUAAGGAACCGCAGAUUGAAGAACCCACACCACCCAAGCCGCCUCCAAAGCCGCAAUGGGGAGCUCCCCCACCGAAUCCUCCUCCAAAAUCCUAUAUUCCAGUUCCUCUGCAGGCUUCCAAUCUGUCACCCCUUCGAGAUGCUCCUAGACCUCCACAACGAGGAAAUCCAAACUAUUUUACGUCACGAGAUUUGGGCUUUAAACAGUCAUCAGAUAUGCCACCCAGUCCAUCGCGAGCAAGCUAUUACUCAAUUCAAGACCAGCAAAGAGGUUCCGUAAUCUCUCAGUCGGAAACGUAUUCUAUUCAUUCUGCAGAUACACGGCCCAGUUCCCCAAGCGCAUACCGAACGCACCUCAGGAAUCAGAGUAGCUUGAUGAGAGCAAGAUCCGAAAAGAAUUUUUCCCACACUCAAAUGUCCCCUCAUCAUCAGCAUCGAAGAUCAAAAAGCUACGUACCAAGUAUAUAUACACUCAAAACAGAUGGCUCGUCAACGUCACUUGUAUUGGCUCCCACUCCUCAGCAUAGCGCAUUCGAAGAUUACAAGACUUUAGAGACGAUGGCUAGGACUGGUCACGCUGAUGGAAUGUUUCCACAACACCAUAUUGUUAGAAAUAUCACUCGAUUUGUACGCUUUGCUUCGGCCUCAUAUGGUGCGAGCUUUCUAAGAGUCAUGGGUAUCACCGCCUCGAAUGUCACUUCACGCAAAUCAUUUGAUCCUGCUCACCAUUAUGAACAUCAUUCUUUCUCAAGCCACACUCAACUUCCACCCGAUACCAUUCUACUCUCAUCUUUUGUUGAUCCUCAAGGUGGAACUGAUUCAUCCGGAAAUACCGAUACUGGCGUGCCAAUGGUACAUUUUGUGUCACUCGACCACGAAUCCAAAGCAGUGGUAUUGACAUGUCGCGGUACACUUGGGUUUGAAGAUGUUCUUACCGACUUGACUUGCGAUUACGAUGAAAUGAAUUGGCGAGGCCAGAAUUACAGCGUCCAUAAAGGAAUCCAUGCUUCAGCUCGACGCCUCCUCAAUGGUAGAAGUAGUCGGGUCAUGGCAACUAUUACCGCAGCUCUCGAAGAAUUUCCAGAAUAUGGCCUCGUGCUAUGCGGACAUUCCCUUGGUGCAGGUGUUUCAGCACUCCUUGCAAUCAUGAUAUCAGAACCCGCAUCUGACCCCUCAACAAACGCCUUUGUUACUUCUUCUGCAUCCAGUCCACAACUACUCCUCACAGCCCGAAAUGAACACGGCACUGCACCAGCAAACCUCCAUCUCCCAGCCGGCCGACCCAUACAUGUAUAUGCAUAUGGACCUCCCUCCACGCUGUCCUCUAGUCUUCGACUCGCAACUAGAGGACUCAUCACUACGAUUGUUAAUGGUCAGGACCUCGUUCCCUACCUUUCUCUUGGUAUACUCCAUGAUUUGCAAGCCGUCGCUCUCGCCUUCAAAACCGAUGAUUCCGGUGCAAAGGGGGAAUUUCGCACCCGUGUAUGGGCAGGAAUCACCAACAGCAUUCGCGAAAAAUGGUAUGCGGGGUCCGGCAGCAAAACCGGCGCGUUCAGCUCCGGUGUCUCCGAUCCCGUUCAUGAGGAUCAAUGGGCGUACAGUGCACUGAAGGUUCUUCGUGCAUGUAUGCUCUCACCCAAACUCGUGCCGCCUGGGGAGGUGUUUGUCGUUGAGACUUGUCCGGUGCUGAAACGGGAUGCUUUUGUGGAUCGCAAGCCGGGGGAAUCUGCUGGAAGUGGACUGGGACGACCGGCUACCAGGGCGGUGUUGAAGUAUAUUAGGGAUGUAGAUCGCAGGUUUGGGGAGGUGGUUUUUGGGGGGAGUAUGUUACUUGAUCAUAGUCCUGCAAGGUAUGAAGCUAGUCUUGGGGCUUUGGGAAGGGGGGUCUUGGGAUAG